GUAGUGAUAUUGGGUAGCAAUGUCAUUUGCUGAUUGUUUUUAUUGAUGUUAAGUUUUUGAUUAAUUACUUGAUUUCAAUUGCUUUUGUUAGAAUUUGAGGUGUAAAAGUUCGAGCUUCAGGUCUAUCGAAUUUGAUGAUGUCUGAUCUGGUGGAUUCAGGAGAAAGCUUGCCAAAGUUACGACAAACUGCAGCGAAUCAUGUGAAGCAAUUACAAAGGCUUCAAGAAAAGGAUCCAGAAUUCUAUCAGUACUUGAAAGAAAAUGAUAAAGAGCUCUUGGACUUCAAUGCUGAAGAUAUUACAGAUGACGAAGGAUCUGAUUUGGAGGACGAUGUGGAUUCUAAACUUACUACAGAGACUUUUCAAACACCAUCGCCCAAAGUGAUCACCACCACAAAUAUCGACUCCUGGUGCACGGCAAUUAAACAGAACAGAAGUCUUGGAUCUAUCAGAUCCAUGCUUCGAGCUUUCAGGACAGCAUGCCAUCAUGGCGACGAUGCCAAUGAUGGUUCAGAACAGAAGUUUUCCAUACUUUCCAGUAGUGUGUUCAACAAAAUAAUGGUUUUUGUUCUAAAUGAGAUGGAUGGAAUUCUACGUGAACUUUUGGAAGCCCCGAGCACCGGAGGAAAGAAGGAAACAGUACUUGAUCUAAUGACUACUAAAGCUUGGAAGUCUCAUGGGAGUUUAUUGAGGUUAUAUUUAGGUAAUGCGCUCCAUAUAUUAAAUGAAAUGACCGAUGAGCAGAUGAUCUCCUUUACGUUGAAACGUCUCAAAGCAUCUGUAGUGUUUUUGGCGGCAUUUCCAGUCCUCUUAAGGAAAUAUAUUCGGGUUGUACUUCAUACAUGGGGUACAGGAACAGGUGCACUUCCGGUGGUUUCCUUUUUAUUCCUGAGAGACUUAUGUGUGCGGCUUGGUUCGGAUUGUCUUGAAUCAUGCCUGAAAGGAGUGUAUAAGGCCUAUGUGAUGAAUUGCAAACUACCAAAACAUCUUACUAGGUCAAAAUUACAACACAUCAAUUUUCUUGGAAAUUGUAUUUGCGAAUUAUAUGGUUUGGACACAAUAAGCGCAUAUCAACACGCCUUUGUCUCUAUUCGUCAAUUAGCGGUGGUAUUACGCGGUUCCAUCAAUGAAAGGGGGCCUCAGGCAGUGAAAGGGAAAAAGAAAGGAAAAAAUCAGCAAGAGAGCAGUAAGCCUUCAAAGAAACAAGUUGAG